GCUUUCGCCACCAUGGCUUCCCGUGGGGUCGUUGGCGUCAUCGUCCUCUCUGCAGUGCCCCUUUUGUGUCUGGAACUCCGACGUGGGAUCCCGGAACUGGGUAUUAAAGAUCUCAUUUUGCUGUGUGGCCGGAUUUUCUUAAUGCUUGCCCUUCUUACUUUAAUUAUUUCUGUAACUUCCUCGUGGCUUACCUCAUUUACAUCUUCCCAAGUUUAUCUGCAAGAAGAUGAAGAAAAAAAUGACAAGAGGCGAAAACUUGUGAGAAUAAAGCAACAAGAAGCGCAGCUAGAGAAGGCCGGUAGGUACGUGGAAGAUAUUCUGCAGCCCCGCCAGCAGAUGAGAUGGAGGAGACUGGAGGAGCGCUUCUGUCGGAUGACGGGUGGAACCUGGAAACUAAGCCAUGGUCACAAACUGGGGGGCGAGGAGGAUGUGGUACUUGAAACAGCAGCCAGUGGGACCCCUGAUGGAUCCUCAGCCAGCGUGGCAGCCGGGAGCCAGAAGCUGCCUCUGACCGGAGCCUCCCCACCUGAGGAGCAGCCCGUGGUGGCAGAGGUUCCCAAUUUACCUGAAGAACCUUCUGAAACAGCUGAACAAGUCGUGACUGUGGCUCUCCGAUGUCCAGGUGGGAGUGUCCUAAGGAGAAGGUUUCUUAAGUCUUGCAGUUCACAGGUGCUGUCCGACUGGAUGAGGGAGACCGGGCACCCCCCCUCCCUGUACAGCCUUUCCGCAUCCUUUCCCAGGAGGUCCCUGGAUGUGGAGGGAGGCCGGUCCCUGAAUGAUGUCGGGAUCACUGUGGACACUGUCCUCAACGUGGAGGAGAAGGAGCAAAGCUAGUGCAGAGGAGUGGAUGCCCCACUGCAGAAGCCAGCUAGCCACGACCACGGUCGAGGACUCCACAGCCUUCCUGCGGGUCCCCACGUGUCGGCCAGCACCCGUGGGCGUACCAGCAAAGGCCCGCUCGCCAUGCGUGGUCAUUUGUGGACUGUGUGUGCCCUUUCAUAAUGUCCCAGCAGCAAGGGGAAAUGUACACAGGCAUUAAAUAACCUGCAUUUUUCUCAGCUGA